UAUCGUUGAAAUGAACAAUUUCGUAUUCGUUUGAUGUUUCGUGUUUUCAUUUCAAGAAAGAGUGACUAGUCGAUGCAAAUUUUGUUUAUUUCGAAAUCUGAUUAUUGUUUUUGAUUAAUUUGUUAAGGCUAUGUGAUAAACCUUAUAAUUAUAAUUAUUUUCCAGUUACGUACUUUUAAUUUUAGUUGAUUAUGACGAAGUUCAUAUCUUGAAAUAGGCUGCAUAAAUAUGGGACAAACAUUAUCUGAACCUGUGACAACCAAAGAGACAGCUGCCUGCCAAAAUAAUCUCUAUAAAGUUGGCUCCAGCUGUAUGCAAGGGUGGAGAAUCAAUAUGGAAGAUGCACACACUCAUAUCCUUUCGUUACCUGAUGACCAAGAUGCUGCAUUUUUUGCCGUUUAUGAUGGGCAUGGUGGUGGCAAAAUCGCCGAACAUGCCAGUAGACAUUUACAUGCUUAUAUUAUAAAUCGUCCAGAGUACAAAGAAAAUAAAAUAGCCGAAGCCAUGAAGAAAGGUUUUAUGGAAUUAGAUUCUGCUAUGUCAGAAAAUAUCCAUUUAAAAGAUGAACUGGCAGGAACAACAGCGGUCGUUAUACUAAUUAAGGAUAAUGUUUUAUAUUGCGCUAACGCGGGAGAUUCACGAGCAAUAGCUGGAAUCAAUGGAUCUUACGAAGCGUUAUCAUUUGAUCAUAAACCAACUAAUGAGAGUGAAAUGCGAAGAAUCACUGCUGCCGGAGGAUGGGUUGAAAGUAAUCGCGUCAACGGUAAUCUCGCAUUGUCUCGAGCUCUAGGCGAUUUCGUUUUUAAGAAGAAUGAAACCAAACGCUCGGAAGAACAAGUUGUUACAGCUUGUCCAGACGUAAUUGUUAGACAAAUAAAUGCCGAAUGGGAAUUCAUUGUAAUGGCCUGCGAUGGUAUUUGGGAUGUAUUGACUUCUGAAGAAGUUUCGGAUUUUGUUAGAAAACGAAUAGGUGCUGGAAUGGAGCCAGAAGAAAUUUGCGAAGAAUUAAUGGAUAGAUGUUUAGCGCCAGAUUGCCAAAUGGGGGGUUUAGGCUGUGAUAAUAUGACUGUAGUCAUUAUCUGUUUAUUACACGAUAAACCUUACGCAGAAUUACAGGCUCGAUGUUCGGCGUUUUAACACCUUUACAGUAUUUUUUAAAUUGUGUCUUCAAGCACAUGGUUCCCGAUUUGUUUUCAAAUUUGAAUACUUUGCGAAUGAAAAAGUAAAAACUUUAAAUUACCUAUGUUCGAAUGCAAAGCAUUUCUUCAAAUAUUAUGCUUAUUUUACGUUAUCCUUUCUUUCAUAAAAAUAUUGGUGUUUUUCAUAGUAUUAUCUUUUUAUUCGAUGUUUCUGAAAUCAUAUCAUAUUUUUCAUUCAAUUACCAAAAAAUUUGUUUCUUAAAAUUAUUAUGAGACUGCUGUUUUUGUUGCAAUUUCAUUUUAUAAAAAUGAUAUGUUCAUUUAUGGUAAAUAGUCAACGUGUUGAAGUAUCGAUAUUAAUUUUAUAAUUUCUUUUUUUCCUCGUUUCGUUUCAUUUUUUUUUUUUGUAGUGAAAUUCAAAUUUUCUUUUGUAUUUAUAAAAAUUUAUAUGUGAACGCGCAACUCUAGUCCCGUCAGCUAUGUUUGCUAGAAUAAUUACGAAAAAUCGGGAAUCAUUAUUUUAAAAACACCAAUACUUACAAAUUUUAAGACUAAUGUAAGACCGUUUACGUUGUUAGACUUAUUUUUAGAGUAAUUUUCAAUGGAGACAGUUGAACAUUUGUUCGAGUUUAGUUCAUAAUAAUUUCGAAUGUAGACUUCAGUUACCUAUUUUUUAUAUUACAGCGUAGUAAGUUUAACAAUACGAAAAACACACAAUUUUAUUUCAACUGUUUAUCGAUUAGAGCUCUGAGCUCUACAGUAGAGUUUGAACGAAUAUGUACUCUUAACAAUUAUUUUCUAGUUCGCUUUACAUACACUUGAUGAUAAGGUUCAUGUUGAUUUUAUGUUUCAUUUUCAAUUUUUGUCUUUUGAAUACCUGAAUAUACAAACAGACUUUUGUUGCUGCAAAAUUGAAAAUACAUAAUUAUUUUUCGUCAUACCCAACUAUACAUUUCUAAUGAAUAGGCAUCAAGUGAAACGAUAAUCGAAAGUAUUUUGAUGAAAUCUUCCAUCGUUUGCUUUUAAUUUAACUAUCCACUUUGAAAAUUUUCUCUACUACUGCAAUCCUAGUAUUUAUUCUCAUUACAUCAUGUGUUCAAUUAAAUGCCUGAAAAUUAAAAAAAAAAUACUUUUACCAGUUUUCUUUCAUUUCGCUUUCUUAAUCAGUCGAUAGACUCAUUUUGGUAGCUCAUUUAACGUAAUAAAAUAAAUUUUAUUAUUGAAUAGGUGAUUCAAGUUGAAUUUUAAUAAUUAGGCCUACAUUGCUUUAAUAAUUUGAAAAUAUUCCUAACAAAAUGAAUACAUCGCGUUUCCCUUCAUAACCGAUGCUAUUUGAACUGAAGACAUUGUUAUGCAUUUAAAUAAGUAUUGAUACCUAAACCUAAAUUAGAUACGUAAUAAUCUUGAAACAUACAUAUUGUUCUUUCUUGAUUCGUAAUCAUGUAAAGUGUUUAUUAUUCAGCAGCCCAACAACUAUAUACAUUUUUUUUUUGAGGGAGCGGGGGAGAAAAACUAAACUAAAUGUCUUUUCAUUGACGAUUUAGUGGAAUUAAUUGAAUACCUUGUAUUUUUAUUAGAGGUACAAUUACCCAGGUAUGUUUAGUAUAGUUGAAUUCUAAAUUGGCAAAUUUAACAGAAUACAAAUUGAUUCUAUUUUAUUUUAAUUAUUUCAUUAUAAUUUUUAGUUACCAUAUUUGUAAUAUUUUAUUUAUAACAUGUAAACGUUGUGUUUGAAUAUGUGUUAUGUUUCCGUACACUUACGAUGUUUUCAAGUACAAAAUAUUCAAUAUAUUAGCAUAUUUCAUUCACGAAGCUUAUUUUAAUUUUAGAUUUUUUGUUGGCCAUCUUAUCGAUUUUGUGAAAUGAGAAUGCUUAUUUUUUCUACAUGCGACCAUCUUUUCUUUUUUUUUUUUUUUUUUUUGUUCAAAUCGGAAACAACGCAAUCUUUUGUGGACCAAUUAUACCUCAGUGGAAAGGUUAGUAAACACCACAGAGAUAGGGAAAUCAGCGUACUUUGUUCUUUUUCUUGUUUGUCUUGAAUUAUAGAUAAGCAGGAUACUUUUUUAUAGGUUUAGCUCCUAAUGGUAUCGUAGUGAUGAACCGAUAAAUUACACCCUUGGCUUCGCAUCCACACAAAUGUCAUUGGUGAAUAUCUAAUUCUUCAGUUAUUAUAAAGUAAUUGCUCGUAAAAAAAAAAAAAAAAAACGCCCACAAAAAUACGUAUUUUUGUAGUUAAUUUUCAACUCGUCUAAUUUAAUUAUUUAGAUAAGGAUGUGAUAAAAAGUAUUAUUUUGAAUCUACUGAUUUGUAAAAUCCUAGAAUAUUUUAAAAAGCUGCGUAAUUUUGUUAUAGAAUUUUUGAAUAAUUAUUUUGUAGUUUUUGUGCGAAAAAGAAAUUUUAUUUUCGUGUGCCAUACCUAUUACUACAUUUUUUUUUCUAAUUUAUUUGUAUAUUUUUUAUUUUUUUAUUUAUAAUGACUUUGAUCACUUGACAGUAUUUUAGUAUUGCAUUUUGUGGUAGUGAUGUGUUUAACUUCGAUUCUGAAAAAUCAUAUUGUAGUACAAUAUCGGUCGAAUAAAAAUUAUAUGUAUGA